GAUUCUUGUAAAGAUGGCGACAGUGAGGCACAGAGGAGUAAGAACUGGGGGCUGCAUCGUUACUAAACACCGCUGGACUAGACAGCGCCACAGCCCAUAGUGCGGCGGGAGUUAAAGUUAGCCGACUCGUUUGUCAGCCGCAGCGUACGGUUCGGCGCUGUACGGUGAGAUCGCGGGCCUUGCUGUUGCUUUUGUUUUCGGUUACACAGCCGUUGCCUUGCACGGCUAAUUAGCUUCAAGUUGAAUUUCAGUGCUAGCCCGGGGUUAGCCGUGUAGCUCCGUCGGCUCAUUGGAUUUUUCUCUAUGGCGUUCAUGGACGGACGGUCCGGUCAGUGAUCGCUGGACAGUGAAGACCUAUCCGAAGUUUUUAUAUUAGCGGAGAGGCCUGUCAAUGAGUUCCCGGGGUUAAAAGUACUUCGGGGGCACCUACGGUCCGGCAUUGCGACGCUGGAGUGUCGCGGCAGCGUCAGCCCGCCGUCAUGUAUUUUCUAACCGGCUGGCCCCGGAGGCUGCUGUGCCCGCUGAGGAGCGAGGAGGAGCCCUUCCACAUCCAGCCCAGCUCCCAGAGGUUUUACUUCGCGCUGUUGUCGGAGACACAGCUCAGCGUUUGGUUCAGUCGGCCCAGUGUGUUGAUAGUGAGCUAUAUCGAGUCUGCAAAGGCGGCGGCCCAGUUUGGCUUCUACCAGAAGGCAGAAUGGAAACCAGACGACUCCAUGAUAGCUGUGGCGACUGCAAAAGGCUACAUCCUCCUAUUUGACGUACAGGGUGGAGGCGAUGACAAGUACCUCUAUGAGCCGGUCUACCCAAAAGGAAGUUCUCGUGUGAGGGUGACCCCGGGUUAUAAGGAGGAGCAAUGCGCCCCUGCCUUGUCUUUGGAGAUGAAGAAGCCUGUGGAUCUGGAGGCUCCCAUCACCAGUCUACAGUCGCUCCCAGAAGACCUACUGGUGUGUACGGCAGACGGUUACAUCCAUGUGCUGCACUGGGACGGACUAGGCAGCAACGGGCGAAAGAGCAUCUGCAUCACUACCAUCCCCUUCUCACUAGACCUGCAGUCAGCCCGAGGUGGCCCUUCCCUGGACCUGGAGGGAGUGUAUAUACGGUGCAUGGAGUAUUGUGUGACCCUGGAUGGCUUUGCUGUGGUGCUGAGUGAUGGACGCCUGGGCUUCAUCACACCGCUCAGCAACACUAUCACUGCAGAUCAGUUGCAGGGCGUGUGGGCAGCAGACGUCACCGAUGGCACCUGUGUGGCCAUCAACAACAAGUACAGACUGAUGGCCUUUGGCAGCGCCAGUGGCUCAGUGCUCGUCUACAUGAUUGACACCACAACGGGAUCCAUGCAGCUCUCCCACAAACUGGAGCUCACUCCCAAACACUACCCAGACAUGUAUAACAAGACAGGCCCCGUCAACCUCAUCCGCUGGUCGCCGGACUACAGCGUUGCCAUGGUAACGUGGGAGUGUGGCGGCCUGUCGCUGUGGAGCGUGUUUGGAGCUCACCUCAUCUGCACGCUGGGGGAGGACUUCGCGUAUCGUUCUGAUGGAACCAAGAAGGAUCCCAUUAAAAUCAGCUCAAUGAGCUGGGGAGCAGAGGGUUACCAGCUAUGGGUGUUACCCUACAAGCAGGAGAGGAGGCAGCAAGAGGACCAGCAGGAGGUUGAGAUGGCCGAAGCGCAUCCGUCUCCUCUGCAGGCCGGCAUCCUGCAGUUUCAGUUCAUCAAGAGUGCCCUGACGGUCAACCCCUGCACGAGUAAUCAGGAGCAGGUGUUGCUCCAUGGCGAAGACCGCCUCUACCUGACCUGCGGUGACCCCACCCAGGUCCACAACAACUCGGACGCGCACCCCCACACGAACCUACAGCCGCACGACGGCAGCCCCCUGCACCACCCGCCCAACCCAGACUCCUCUCUCUCUCAGGGACUCAGCACUUUACUGGGACACAAGCACUGGCAUGUGGUCCAGAUUCAUAGCACAUACCUAGAGAGCAACUGGCCAAUACGGUUUGCAGCCAUAGACACAGCUGGGCAGUGCAUGGCUGUAGCUGGGCGACGGGGUCUUGCACACUACUCCCUAUUCACCAGGAAAUGGAAGCUUUUUGGAAAUAUAACUCAGGAGCAGAACAUGACGGUGACAGGAGGCUUGGCCUGGUGGAACGACUUUGUGGUGGUGGCCUGUUACAAUUUCAUGGACCAGCAGGAGCAGUUGAGACUCUAUCAGCGCUCGUCCAACCUGGACAACGCCUUUGCCUCGGUCACCAAGCUGCACUCAGACACUCUGCUGCUCAACGUCUUCAGAGACAUGGUCAUCCUGUUCAGAGCAGACUGCUCCAUCUGCCUCUAUAGUCUAGAGAGGAGGAAUGACAGUCCACACCCGUCGGCCCACGUGGAACUGUUGCAGGAGGUGUCCAUGUCCCGCUACAUCCCCCACCCGGCCCUUGUGGUGUCGGUCACGCUCACGUCUGUGCGCACAGAAACUGGCAUCACACUGAAAGCUCCGCAGCAGGCCUGCAUGGCAGAGAGCAUCAUGUUGAAUCUGGCUGGCCAGUUGAUCAUGCUACAGAGGGACCGCUCAGGACCACAGGUACGAGAGAAGGAGACGCCUUCUAACAACAAGAAGCUGCUACCAUUUUGCCCGCCUGUAGUUCUGGCUCAGUGUGUAGAAAACGUGUGGACCACCUGUCGCUCCAACAGGAAGAAGCGCCACCUGCUGGAAGCCCUGUGGCUGUCAUGCGGCGAGGCGGGCAUGAAAGUCUGGCUGCCUCUGUUCCCCAGAGACCACCGCAAGCCGCACUCCUUCCUCUCCAGACGCAUCAUGCUGCCCUUCCACAUCAACAUCUACCCCCUGGCUGUCCUCUUCGAGGACGCCCUGGUACUCGGGGCCACCAAUGAGACUGUGCUCUAUGACGGGCUGCAGGGUUCCUCAGAGCCACUGGAGGCGCUGUUUCCUUACUGCACCGUGGAGAGGACCUCGCAGAUCUACCUCCACCACAUCCUGAGGCAGCUGCUGGUUCGCAACCUUGGUGAACAGGCUUUGAUGCUGGCUCAGUCGUGCGCCUCCCUCCCUUACUUCCCCCACGUGAUGGAGCUGAUGGUGCAUGUCGUUCUGGAGGAAGAGGCCACAUCGCGGGAGCCCAUCCCCGACCCACUGCUGCCCACUGUGGCAAAGUUCAUCACGGAGUUCCCGCUCUUCCUUCAGACCAUCGUACACUGUGCCAGGAAGACGGAGUACGCCCUGUGGAACUACCUGUUUGCUGCUGUGGGAAACCCCAAGGAUCUGUUUGAGGAGUGUCUUAUAGCUCAAGACCUGGACACAGCUGCCUCCUAUCUGAUUAUACUGCAGAACAUGGAGGUUCCCGCAGUAAGCAGGCAGCACGCCACUCUGCUUUUCAACACGGCCCUGGAACAAGGGAAGUGGGACCUCUGCCGGCACAUGAUUCGAUUCCUCAAGGCCAUUGGGUCGGGGGAGAUGGAGAGUCCAUCCACAACGCCCACCACCCUGGAACCCAGCUCCUCUGGGGGGUUUGAGUUCUUCAGAAAUCGCAGCAUCAGUUUGUCCCAGUCAGCAGACGCCAUCGCUACAGGGAAGUUCAACCUGCAGAAGACCUUCAGCAUGCCCACGGGGCCUUCAGUGAAAGGCCGAGACGCAGAGUGCGCAGAGAACAUGUACAUCGACAUGAUGCUGUGGCGUCACGCCCGCCACCUCCUGGAGCAGGUGCGGCUCCGCGACCUGGGGUGCUUCUCGGCGCAGCUCGGCUUCGAGCUCAUCGGCUGGUUGUGUCGCGAGCGGAACCGCGUCGCUCGCGUGGAGGAUUUUGUCUCGGCUCUGAAGAAGCUUCAUAAGGACUUUCUGUGGCCCUUUCCUGUGAUUCCCGUGGGAAGCCUCAGCUCGCCUCUGAAGAAUGGGCGCUGUCGCGCAGUGCUCAGCACACGGCUGUUGAAGUCGCAGUCGGCUGACAGCUUGUUGAACAGCGACAUGGACACCGCUCCCCCUCAGGCGCCUCCUGCUGAUCACACCUGGCUGGAUGGGAUGGGGCCCAGUGCCAAAGACAUGGACACGGCCUCGUCCGCCCACUCCAACCAGCACUCGCCACAGAUGCAUGAAGCCUUCCUGUCACUGCUCACCAACAAAGUUGAGGAGUACAGCCUCGGCUCAGCCACAGACCUGACCGAGACCAGCUCAGUGGUGGAUGGAGAUUGGACGAUGGUGGACGAGAACUCUUCCACUUUAAGCCUGAGUCAGGCCGAGCUGGAGCACAUCUCCAUGGAGCUGGCUAACAAAGGCCCGCACAAGUCGCAAGUGCAGCUCAGGUAUCUGCUUCAUGUGUUCAUGGAGGCAGGCUGUCUGGAGUGGUGUGUAGUGAUCGGCUUGAUCCUGCGAGAUGCAAACGUCAUCAAGCAGGUUAUCAGCUUCAUGGACAGCCCUGAGGUUCCCCAGGAAACUGUGCAGAGUGUGCGAAAUGGCUUGCUGGCUGUUGAUAACUGGGCCUCCAGUGACUGCUUGGGAUACAAACCCUUCCUCAACCUGAUCCAGCCACAUCUACAGCAGCUGAUGGAGUCGGUGCCUGACCAGGUGCAGCCUGAAGCCUUCCAGCCCAGCAGCCAGAACAACAAGCUGGGAGGGUCCGAGGCGCUGGGAGCGGCUGCGGUGCCGCGGGCCGAGGACAGCAGAGGCGCGGCGGCCCCGCUGGGCCUGGCCCUGCCCUCCCUGGAACCCGCGGGGAGUUUCCCUCGCCCCCCCUCCGAGGACUGCCCCCCUGAGCCGACGGAGGAGCAGGGAGAGGAGGAGGGCGCGUACGACUGCACCUUGUCCUGAGGCCCGGCCGCCUCCUCUGGAUUCUAACCUGUGAUGACUGGACCUCAGAGGGAGAGGGAGAGGUGCCUGACUGGAAAUAGACUCUUAGUGUUUGUGUGUUUGCACAGAAAGUACCUCUCCAGCAGGUUGUUACAGUCAGUAUUAUCCUCUCUGCAGAUUUGCCUUUUGUAUCAAUUAGAGCCACUGUGGAUACUGAGCAACAGUCCGACCGGCACCAAGCGACGCGAUUAAGUGUGUUUCUUUCUAACUGGCUUCAAAAUGAGCCGUUAGAGGACAGGUCACCUGUGUCAGCCUGCUGUGGCGUUUCUAUAGGACGUUUGGUGUGUAACUCCUCUCAAAAAUCAAACUGGACACAUUCAUUCGUUUUCCCCACCAUCGAGACAAAAAAAGCGUCAUUGUUUCACUUUUGGUUGACGCAAACGUCGACAGGAUGAGGCGGAAGUACCGCCUCGCUACGCGUUGGAUCGCAGCAUCAUUCUACGUGUGUCUGAGCCUAUAGUGAGUGCAGUUCUCAUUGUGCACACAAGAGGUGUUUCAUACUUUCAUACCUCAUGAUUUUUAAAUAUUUUGUGAUAACUUGUCCAAGAUAAUGUUAUUUUUCUAUAAAUUAUAACUUGUCCUCUGACUCUCCCUGUAAGAGUAAUCAUGCUACGGAACGAUCUGAGGAGGAUCUACUAAAAAUGGUACCCAUCGGUUCCUCUGUGCUCAUGCAUUGUCCCCGGUUGGACUGUGGUUCAGGUCCGGGUGCGUCUCAAUUGGUUCCUGAGCCAGAAUCGGCAUUCAGAUGGCAUCAGUGUUUGGACGUGAGCAGAGCCAGAGCCCAUGAUGCUUCAUCCAGAUUUAAAACAGAUGAUGGGGGUUUUCAAAUGUUUCCCUUCAUCACCAGGGCAGAUCAAGAUCAAUGUGUCAAUAAACAGUCUCACUCCAGAUUAUGUACCAAACCCUUGUUGCAUGAACGUAAUUAAGUUCCCUUAUCAUAGUGUUAAUAGCAGCAUCAUGCUGAAGGGUGGGUGAAGGCGGUGUCUCAUCUAAUUCAACCCUCAUCAUCUGAUAAGGAUUUCUACCCAACAUGCACAUAUCUCAUCCUGCUCUAGUGUUCGUGUGCCUGAACCAGAUUGUAUUGAUAGCGCGUUGACAUGUUUGGUGACUGUCAUUCGUUCAGACUUUUUACUAUUAUUUAUUGGCGUUGUAAAAACUGGUGCAUGACAGUUGCUGAACUGAUGCCUGGAGAUUUGCUUGGUUUGUUUUUAACAGCUGAACAUUUCUCUCCUUAGUUAAUCAAACUUGUGUAUUGGCUCCACUACAAGCACUAAAGUGUCUAUCCCACAUAUGUCAGUAUUAUAUUGUGCAAUGUAUUGAAAUGUUAUCCAGCUUUAUUUUUUCUGUUUAGUACUUUCCUUUACCCGUCUGUGUGCUUUUACCUCUUCACAAUAGACCAAAUUAUUUUCUAGGUUUGUGAUUUCUGCUCUGGGUGUGUUGCCUGCUUUUGAAUCGCUUGUCUGCUUAAAACACUUUUUCGCAAAAGGGCAAAACUGACUCUGCAGCGCGGCGUUGCUGUUGUCACUCGACGUGCGUCCCAGCUCUACCCAGAGCGAGCCUACAGCCACACUACGCUGCUCCGCUGUAAGCUUUACUUGAAAACGGCGACUCGUUGAACCAAAGACUUAACGUCCAGAGGCCUUCUGUUUUAGCCAGUUUCGUGGAUCGGGCGCUUGAGGCUUGUGGAGGGAACGCCUCCUCGCCCCUGAACAUACCCAUCCUCCCCGUCUGAAACACAACAGAACUAAUGCUGAGCGCGUAUGAGACGAUUUCCUAGGGAAAUGACUAUUGCAGGUGUGUUAUUGGCUUUCUUCUGCGUGGCGAGGAGCAGUCGGUCAGGGUGUCACGUUCACUCAGCGCUCCCUCCCUCCUGUGUACAGUUUUAAAGUAUUGCCUGUUUCCUGACUAUGAAUAAUGUUUUAUUCCCGGGGCAGGAGCAGCCGACAUCCUCAAUGCAGUGUAAAGAUACUCUGUUGUAAAUGUACCUUUUCUACUCAUGUUCGCUUUUCUACUUCAUUUUUUUUCCUUGUACAUAAAGACCAAUAAAUUAUUUUUAAACUGG